AUGUUUUUCGAGAAUAUUAUCUUAAAUAUAUCGGUUAUAUGUGUUUUAAUCGUUGCACUAAUUUUUGACUAUGUAACCAAAUAUUUCAGUUAUUGGUACAUUAGACAUGUACCUUACAAAAUAUCCAUUCCUUUCUUUGGCAGUGAUUACCAUCGAGUUUUGGGAAUUCGUAACACUUCGGAUGAAGUCAGUAAGUUAUACACUACAUAUAAUGAAAAAUAUGUCGGCUGCAUCAAAAGCAGAAUACCUGACUUGAUAGUAAAAGACGCGGAUUCGAUAAAGAGGAUUCUGUCGACAGAUUUUGCAAAUUUUCAUUGCCGAGGCACUGGCUUGGACCUAUCUCGGGAUGUUUGUAUACGAAACAAUUUAUUUUACUCUGAAGGCGAAAAGUGGACUCUAUUACGUAGAAAACUCGAGUUACUAUUGAAUAAUAUUGACUCUGAAUUUCAAGACAGUUUGCAUGACUGUUUGUCAGGAACCAAUGGAGAUACGAAAGUUCAACAAUUACUCUCGGAUAUAUUGGAUGCUGUGUUUAAGAAUUUACUUAUCGAUAAUAAUUUAGAUGGUACAGUUAUUAGGAGUUUAAGGGAGGCGAUGCAAAAGCGAACCUUGUUUGAUAAGCUUAAGAGCUAUUUGAAGGAUAUAUUUCCUUCGGUCUAUGUAUUGUUUGGAUUAAGCACCGUACCCGAGCAUUUCUUUGGUAAAUUUGUUCAGGUCCUGAAAGAAUCUAAAUUAAAGAAAGAAAUUAAAAAAACAGAAUUGAUGUUCGAAGACGAUGCUAAUAAUAAAAACAUAAAAGGAGAAUCAAAUUAUAGCACGAUUAAUUCUUAUUUAAGCCUUUUCAUUGAACAAGGGUACAUGCCUUGCCUUUAUGUAUUAACUGCACUAUUAUAUGAACUAGCUAGAAAUCCCGAAAUUCAGGAGAAAGCAAGAAAAUGUGUUGGAUCUUCUUCUGAAGAAGACUAUUUGAGUAAUACUAUUAAGGAAGCUCUAAGAAUGUAUCCUCCAUAUUCAGUAAUUACGAGAAAAUGUGUCAAAAUGUAUCAAUUUCCUAAAAAAGAUCUAGUGAUAGAUAAAAAUUUAACAGUCACAAUACCAAUCGAAGCUAUGCAUAAGGAUGAAGCGAAUUUCAAAGAGGCAAAUUUAUUUAACCCUAGUAGAUUUUUGGAUGAUGAUAAUAUAUCAAAUACAUACUUGCCUUUUGGAGCUGGUCCUAGAAAAUGUAUUGGCGAAGCAGUCGCCUUACGCAUCCUGAGAGGAGUAACUUCAGCAAUUCUAAAGAAAUUCUACAUAGAACCAUGUGAAGGGGAACUAAAAAUCACCGAUUAUAAUUUUAAGAGGAUCAUCGAUGGUGACAUAUGGUUAAGAUUCAAACCUAUU